UCAAAUAUAAUAAUUAUUUUUUUCUUCCCAGAAAUAUCUCGUUAAUAAAGAAACUAUACAUAUCAAAUCCUAGAACCUUCCACUGGAUCAAUAAUAAUAAUAAUAAUGCGAUAAACCUAAUCUCUUUUCAUAUACCUUUAUAUCAAGAACACACCAAGCUGUUAUGAUACAUGGCCCUCUCUCUCUCUCACACACACACUCAAACAUGUAGUGGGGUUCACUUUAUUAUUAUUUGUUUCAAUAUUGAUGGGACUCUUUGCCUAUAAAAGGCCAAGUCUUCAAGACAGAGUUAAUUAAGUUGUGUGAACAUCAAAGAGGAAAAGACAUCCUUAGUAUUAUUCUCUCUAGCUAUUUUCUUUCAUUUUGUCAUUAUUUCCUUGGAGGAAAUAAAAAGAAAAAAACAUGGAAGGGAAGAUGAGUUGGACUGCUUCUGAUGCUGUGGACUACAAAGGUUUUCCUGCUGAUAAAUCCAAAACUGGUGGUUGGCUACCUGCUGCUCUUAUCCUUGGGAUUGAAAUAAGUGAAAGGCUAUCAACAAUGGGAAUAGCAGUUAAUUUGGUGACAUAUUUGACUGGAACAAUGCAUUUGCCUAGUUCAACUUCAGCCAAUAUUGUAACAGAUUUUAUGGGCACAUGUUUUCUGUUGUGCUUGCUUGGAGGCUUUUUGGCUGAUUCCUUCCUUGGAAGAUACAAGACAAUUGCAAUAUUUGCUACUAUACAAACUCUAGGUACUGCUUCCUUGGCAAUAUCAACAAAAAUACCGGAGUUACAGCCACCACCUUGCGACGGAGGUGCAGGCGCCACCUGCCAACAGGCUAAUGGAUUUCAAAUGGGAAUUCUUUACUUAGCCUUAUAUCUUAUUGCACUUGGAACCGGUGGACUUAAAUCAAGUGUUUCAGGCUUUGGAACUGACCAGUUUGAUGAUAAAGAUGAGAAGGAGAAGGCUCAAAUGGCUUACUUCUUUCAGAGAUUCUUCUUCUUCAUUAGCACAGGAACCUUAAUGGCUGUGACAGUCCUUGUUUACUUACAAGAUGAAGUUGGCAGAAGCUGGGCCUACGGAAUUUGUUCUGUUUCAAUGUUAAUCUCCAUCAUAAUACUAUUGUCUGGGACUAAAAAAUACAGGUACAAAAAGAGCAUGGGGAGUCCUAUAGUUCACAUUUUCCAAGUUAUUGUGGCCUCUUUCAAAAAGAGAAAGAUGUCUGGUCCUUUCAAUAUAGCCAUGCUGUAUGAGGAUACUCCUAUGGAAGCCAAAAUCCCUCACACAGAACAAUUUCGUUUCUUGGACAAGGCUGCAAUAGUGCUAGAAGGAGAUUUUGAGCAAAAUGUUAGUAGCAGUACUCCUAAUCCAUGGAAACUAUGUUCAGUGACAAAGAUUGAAGAGGUGAAGAUGAUGAUAAGAUUACUACCAAUAUGGGCUACAACCAUCUUGUUUUGGACCACUUAUGCUCAAAUGAUUACUUUCUCUGUUGAACAAGCAGCUACUAUGAAAAGAAACGUAGGAAGUUUCCAAAUUCCUGCUGGUUCUCUCACUGUGUUUUUUGUGGCAGCCAUAUUGAUCACUCUCGCUGUUUAUGACCGUUUCAUUAUGCCUUUUUGGAAGAAAUUGAAAGGCAAACAAGGUUUCAGCAGCCUUCAAAGAAUAGCCAUAGGGCUAGUUCUCUCAACCAUAGGAAUGGCGGCGGCCACACUCUCAGAGAUGAAACGGUUAUCAGUGGCUAAAACCGAUGGCGGCGGUGGAGGAGAUCUUCCCAUUAGCGUGUUCAUCUUAAUCCCUCAGUUUUUCCUUGUGGGGUCAGGAGAGGCAUUCAUAUACACAGGCCAACUAGACUUCUUCAUAACACAAUCUCCCAAAGGCAUGAAAACCAUGAGUACUGGCCUCUUCCUUACAACCCUUUCCCUCGGUUUCUUUGUCAGCAGCUUCUUGGUUUCGGUGGUCAAAAAAGUCACCGGAACCAACGGUAGCCAAGGGUGGCUUGCCGAUAACAUAAACGACGGUAGACUUGACUUGUUUUAUGGUCUUUUGACAAUCUUGGGUGUCGUAAAUUUUGUUGCUUAUUUGAUUUGUGCAAAGUGGUACAAACCUAGUAGUAAGGGUAAUAAUAAACAGGCUCAGAUGUCUGCUAUGAAUGGGAGUGGUAGUGUUGAUAAUUGCUAGCUAAUUAUGAUGAUGACGAAGAAGAUUACUAUAGGUAUGUUCGAGUAGUUCUGUUUAAUUAAUUAAUUAUGUACUAAGUUAUUCAGGGCUUUUGUUUUUAUUAGCCUAGUGGUUAUUAUCAUGUUUGUACAAAUAAUCAAUGUUUGGGUGUGAUGUUUUCUUAUCAUCUGAUCAUCAAUUGAUGCGUAUGUACCUUUCUUAAAUUGCUCUACAAUGAAAUUAUAGUUAGUUUUUUUUUUUUUGUUCUA